AACAGAGCACAUUGGUGUUCUACACAUCUGUCGUUGCGCGUUGGAGAGUUGAACACUGACAAGAAUUUAACAAUGGACUUAUUCAACUCCGCUCUUGGCAAAAACAUCACCUUUGUGCGUCCUGCAUAUUUUCUAAUAAGUGGAUUCAUUGGAAUACCUAAUGUCAUGUAUUACUAUAUCUUUCUCUUUUUUGUUUACAUUAUUUCAGUGGUGGGAAACACAGUUGUGAUGACUGUAAUUUACUUGGAUCAUAAUCUGUGGACUCCAAAAUAUAUAGUAGUUUUUAACCUGGCCUUUGUAGACCUGUUUGGUAGCACUGCUUUGGUGCCAAAGGUCCUUGACCUCUUCCUGUUUAACACUAACCGCAUAUCCUACAGCGACUGCUUGACAAUCCUUUUCUUCUUCUAUGUCACCCUGUCAAUGCAGGUUUUUAAUCUCGUUGCACUCUCCUAUGACAGACUGAUUGCUAUUAUUUUCCCACUGCACUAUCAAGUGAGAGUGACUCACAGGUUCAUGUUUUCUUUGAUUGCUUCUUUUUGGCUCUUUGCCAUAACUGUGAUGCUCCUGUUAGUCGGCCUCCUCACAAGACUGUCCUUCUGUAAGUCUUCUGUGGUUGUUAACAGCUAUUUCUGUGACCAUGGUCAGAUUUUCCGACAGGCUUGCAAUGACAAAACACCCACAUAUGUCUUUGCUGUAUUUCUAUUUGUUAUUCUUAUUUGGUUUCCGUUGAGUUUCAUCUUGGGUACUUACGUGUGUAUUGUCAUUGCUUUGACUAGAGUGGCAACAGCUCAGGAAAGAGUGAAGGCCCUUAAAACCUGCACAGGUCAUAUUUCACUGGUGGCCAUCUAUUUCAUUCCAAUAUUAAUCACAUAUACCUUGGGAGAAAAUAUUCAUCCAAAUGCCAGGAUUAUUAACCUUUCUCUGUCCUCUGUAUUUCCUCCCAUGUUGAACCCAAUUGUUUAUGUUCUGCAGACACAAGAAAUAAAAACAUCACUGAGAAAGCGUUUAAAGAUCACAAAACAAUAAAUAACAAUAAAUAAAUAAACGAUAACUGUAAUAGAGUAAAACCAAUGAUGCAACGAUAAAUACAAGAUUUUUAAAUAAUUCACCACAAAUGUUUUGACAUGAGUCAGAUCAUACAUGGUAAUUAUUGUUGAUAUUGUUCAAGCAAAACUGAAAAAAAAUCAAUGGUGAAAUGUAUGGUAUUUACAACACAGUCAUAGGACCAGUUUUCCGUGAACUGAUUUAAUUUUUUACUUCCUGUGUUUGUGUGAUGAAUGCAGUUACAUUAGAUACAGCAAACUAUUUAAGUUUUUCUGUUAAUGACAAUUCAUGCAGUCCACUUG